CUUCCGCUUUCACGACACCAGCACUUCCGGAUUGGGAGGCAGGAGGUGACGCGUUCUGAAGGAGUAAAAUGGAAGGAGAAUCAAGCAGAUUGGAAACCCACACUCCAGUUUUUGUCAAGAAAAAGACUAAACAUUCUGUACAUAAGGAGAGACAUGGGAGGCAUCCCCAUGAAAGUUUCAGAGACUCCUCCCUGGCAAAUGAACAGGCUGACAUAACUAAGGGUAAAAAAAAGAGAAAGGAUGCCCACCAUCUUGUUUCUUCUCCUUUGAAAAAAUCAGAAAUUUGCGAUGAGACUGAAAAGGCCACUUCUAUACCCAAAAAGAGUAAAAAGAGAAGAAAAGGUGCUUUGGGGGUCGAUAAGGAAGCAGGUGUUGCGUACGUCCUGGUGAAUAAAGAAAACAUUGAGAACACACCAAAGAAUUUUACAAAGAAUGUCGAUGUCGUUUACAUUGAUGUAAGCAAGGAGCGAAAGUCAACAAAAGGGCCUGAAGCAGAUGAACCGCAUUUAGUUACUACGUCACAUGAACAUGAGUCAGAACUGCAUGAUAAAGUUCGGGAGAAAAAGCAGAAAAAACAUCGGAGGAAAGUUGCAUCCUGUGAUGCUGUCCAGGAAAGUCUGGGUGCAAGCAUUACCCUGCCCGGAUCAGAAUCCCAAGAGCAGGAACCCCAGCCUCCCAUGGGCCAAGAAGGUGAAAUUGCACAACUACCAGUGUCUGCAGGUCAAAGCAAGUCUAAGAAAAGAAAGAGGAAGCGUCCAAAUGACCAGGAAUUUGAGGCCUUGCUUGCGCCUGAGAGCGCUGAGAACAUGUACUCAGAGGGAUCGCAAGUGAUUGGUGAGGUCGGGACUGCAGGGGGCUAUCAGGAAUCCAGUGGCCUCAAGAAGAAGUCUAAGAAAAGGAAAAGAAGAUCUGUUGAUACUGCCACGGCACCUGGUGGUGAUUUUUCAGUCCUCAGGACGAACUCUGAGGACACGCUCUUUGAUUCAGUGGAAGGUCGUGGUACCUUGAUUGAAGAAAGUGUGAAACCCAGACCACAAGAGGAGAAACCCCAGGCCUGUUCGGAAGAGGUGCAGAGAUUAGAACCUACAAAUGAAGAAGAAAGCAAUUUGGAGUCGGCUAAAGAUCCUGAAACCAAGUAUUUAUCUGAAGAUUCGAGAGAUUCAGAUAAUUCAGACGUGGAUUUGGAUUCUGCUGUGAGGCAGCUCCAGGAGUUCAUCCCUGAUAUCAAGGAGAGGGCUGCCACUACAAUUAAGCGAAUGUAUCGGGAUGACUUGGGACGCUUUAAAGAAUUUAAAGCCCAGGGUGUCGCUAUUAAAUUUGGCAAGUUUUCCGUGAAGGAAAAUAAGCAGUUAGAGAAAAACGUGCAAGAAUUUCUGUCUCUGACAGGAAUCGAGAAUGCAGACAAGCUGCUGUACACAGACAGAUACCCAGAGGAGAAAUCUCUAAUCACCGACUUAAAAAGAAAAUACUCGUUUAGAUUGCACAUUGGUAAGGGCAUUGCCCGGCCCUGGAAACUCGUAUACUACCGAGCAAAGAAGAUGUUUGAUGUCAACAAUUACAAAGGCAGGUAUAGCAAAGGAGAUACCGAGAAGCUAAAGAUAUACCAGUCCCUCCAUGGAAACGACUGGAAAAAGAUUGGCGAGAUGGUGUCUCGAAGUAGCCUCUCUGUGGCCCUGAAGUUCUCCCAGAUCAGCAGUCAAAGAAAUCAUGGUGCUUGGAGCAAGACGGAGACCCAGAAACUAAUCAAGGCUGUUGAAGAAGUGAUUCUAAAGAAAAUGUCUCCCCAGGAGCUAAACGAGAUGGAUUCUAAACUCCAAGAGAAUCCUGAAGGCCGCCUGUCAGUUGUUCGGGAAAAACUCUACAAAGGCAUAUCCUGGGUAGAAGUGGAGGCUAAAGUGGAAACCAGGAAUUGGAUGCAGUGUAAAAGUAAGUGGACGGAAAUUCUAACCAAGAGGAUGACAAAUGGUCGGGACGUAUACCGGGGAGUUAAUGCCCUACAGGCCAAGAUCAACCUCAUUGAAAGGUUGUAUGAAAUAAAUGUGGAAGAUGUUAAUGAAAUAGACUGGGAAGAUCUUGCUAGCACCAUAGGGGAUGUUCCUCCAUCUUAUGUCCAAACUAAAUUUUAUAAGCUGAAAGCUACCUGUGUUCCCUUUUGGCAGAAGAAGACUUUUCCAGGUCUGGCUGUGUUUAUAUGCGUGUCAAUAAAGCUAUUUUCACUAUUGGUCUUACUGAAGAAGGUGCAACAGCUAAAGGAAGGGCAUGAAAAUAACAACAUAUUGUGGAGCAUUAAAACUGAUUCCCAUUUCGUGUUCAGGUUUGUCUGAAUGUGCAAAGAAAGGCAAGUGUGUGAGCUCAUUUAAUAUUUUCUGUGCUAUUACAUUGAAAAUAAUUACAACUAAUGGUCUUCAUACAACAGCAGGAUCCCGAGUCCCUCCAAUGGCAGCAGAGGGUAGUCAAGUCCGACGAACAUUUUCUUUUUUUUUGGCUGCGCCACAUAGCUUAUGGGAUCUUAGUUCCCCACCAGGGAUUGAAGCCAGGCCCUCGGCAGUGAAAGCGCAGAGUCCUAACCCCUGGACCGCCAGGGAAUUUACCCCAAUGAACAUUUUCAUGAUGUGGAUUCAACCAUACGUGCAUUCAGCGAAAAAGAGAAUGUUUACAAUUUUAAUAAUGCAUGCCAUUUUGCUUUCUGUUUUUCAAUUGUUUAGAUGUAUAUUUUAGUGUGUGUGCGUAUUAGGUAAGUGGUACAGGGAAGUUUGUGUUCCCGCAGACUGGUUUCGGUUCCCAUGUGCCUGUCAUGGUGUGCGUAUCUCAUCUUCCUGAGUGUGAUUCUAGUGUUUAAAGAUAGGUAUUUUUCAUACAAGAUGCCCUCUCAAAGCCAGUCACAGAGUUCAUCUGGUGUUGAACUGGAAAAAACAAAGAAACCAGCAAUCUCUUCCAUUGCUUCUGGAAAAACUGCCUCUGUUAGACUUCCCUUGCUGGCAAGGGAAAUAAAGUGCCCAGGCUUCUAGCCUCAUCUGUACAGGGGAGAACAUAGAAAGGAAGGUGUGGGUGAGCAAUAUCCCAUACAGUGAGGCCACCCUCUGGGCCAAGGUGCAGCACCCUUGUCUCCUGAGUGUAGCAUCGUGAUGUGUGAUGUUGGUCAAUUCAUCCACAAAGCUAGGCAUUUUUCCAAGCUUGCCGUCAUCAGGGAAGGAAGAAUACAGAGAAACAAGUUUAGGAGUCCUCAGUCACCAGUAUAUCCACAGCACCUAUCAUGGUGUUGUGCAAAUAAUAGACACUCGAUACAUAUUCAGGGAACAAAUGAGUAUUUUCUUUUUAAAAAUUUAUUUAUUUAUUUUUGGCUGUGUUGGGUCUUCGUUGCUGCACGCAGGCUUUCUCUAGUUGCUGCGAGCAGGGGCUACUCUUCAUUGCAGUGCGCGGGCUUCUCACUCUGGUUGCUUCUCUUGUUGUGGAGCACGGGCUAUAGGUAUGUGGGCUUCAGUAGUUGUGGCCUGUGGGCUCAUUAGUUGUGGUGCACGGGCUUAGUUGCUCCGCAGCAUGUGGGAUCUUCCUGGACCAGGAGUUGAACCCGUGUCCCCUGCAUUGGCAGGCGGAUUCUUAACCACUGCGCCACCAGGGAAGUCCCAGAACAAAUGAAUAUUUUCUUUUUAAUAAGCAUUUUGCCUUUAGUCACCUCCUUCUAUCUGUCAAACAUACCAAUCUCCGGGCUGAUGGGAAUAUAAAUUACAUGUUCCUUUUGGAGGACAAUCCGGUAGAAUACAUCAAAGCCUUAAGAAUGUACAUAUUCUGAGAUCCAGCAGUUUCACUUCUAGGACCUAAAGAAAUAAUAGAACUAGUGUAAAAGAAUGGCACAUUUAUAAUAUGAAAACUAGAAAAAUAUAAAUGUUCUUUAAUAGGAAAUUUACUAUAUAUGAUGGUAUAUUCCUAGAAUGGAAUAUUAGGCAGUAAUUAAAAAUGAUAAUGAGGGACUUCCUGGGUGAUGCAGUGGUUAAGAAUCCGCCUGCCGGUGCAGGGGACACGAGUUCGAUCCCUGGUCUGGGAAGAUCCCACAUGCCGCAGAGCAACUAAGCCCGUGCACCACAACUACUGAGCCUGCGCUCUAGAGCCCACAGGCCACAACUACUGAGCCUGUGUGCCACAACUACCGAAGCCCACGCGCCUAGAGCCCGUGCUCCACAAGAGAAGCCACUGCAGUGAGAAGCCCGUGUACCACAACGAAGAGUAGCCCCUGCUCGCAGCAACUAGAGAAAGCCCAUGCAUGGCAACGAAGACCCAACACAGCCAUAAAUAAAUAGAUAGAUAAAUAAAAAUUUUUUUAAUGAUAAUGAUAGAUUUGGUUAACAUACAAGGUAAACAAUAUAAUCAACUAAAAUACAUACUGUUUUUCAUUCAGAAGUGUACAUAUUAUCUUCUUAAUUUUGUAACAGUAAAAAAAAAAAAAAAAUAGGGACUUCCUGGUGGUCCAGUGGUUAAGACUCCUUGCUUCCAAUUCAGGGGGCACAGGUUCGAUCCCUGUUGGGGGAACUAAGAUCCCACAUGCUGCGUGGUGCGGCCAAAAACGAAAAAAAAAAAAAAUUGUGUAAAUAGAGAUGCAUUACAGUGUAAGGGAGGAAUUAAACCCAAAGUGUUGACAGUGGUUCUCUCCGGGAAGUGGGAUUGUAAGUUUAUAGGUUAGAAGUCUUGACUUGCAAGUGCCAGAAAAUCAGACUCAGAUAGAUCAAAGGCAUCUGGGGACUCUCAGACUGAAAAUCCAGAGGGAGAGGAUGGAUCCAGCUACUCGGAGUCCCCAGAAUGUGUUUUCUUGCUGAUUCUCAGCUCUCCCUUCUCCAGAGUCCACUUUAUCUUCAAUCCACACGAGGGGGCCCCUUGGUCCUGAGGGGUGCCUUCAUAGAGCCCCAUGUUAUAGCAUCCUUCUUAUUAUUACUUAAAUAGAGGAUGCCAUUCAGAGAACAAUAGCUCUUGCUUAAGUCCUGGGUUUUGUUCCCAGUGCCCAAAUUAGAGCUUGUGCCCAACUCUGAGCCAUCACUGUAGGCACAAAAAUAGGAUGGUCUUCAACCCAUCUGGGCUCAUGUCUGGAGCUGGGAUUUAGCUCAACCUGCCUUAAAUGGCUGAAAGGGUAAAUACCCCUGUGGAAAAUCAUGGUUCCAUUAGCAGAAGAGGGGCGUGGACCCUGAGGAGGCGACCCACACAUGUGCAGGACUGUGGGUAAUUACCUGUGCUGUGAAUUUUACCCAAUAAACUUGUGUACUUGGUAAAAGUUUAAUUUUUUAACUUUUUCUCACCCCUAGCUCCAUGCCCUUCCCCCACCCCACCCCCCAAAAUCUUACUUUUGCCAAACACCCUUUUGACAUACAAGGAUCCAGGAAUUUGGAAGAAAAAGAAGGGAAGGGUAGACUGUAUUUGUCAAAUACAGGUCCAAGAGAAGAGAAAAGGGAAAACCAUGAGUUUGGUUUGAAUGUGUAGACUUUGAAGUAUCAACAGGGCCCAUUUGAGGAGACCCCAGUCUACUGCAUGGAGAGAACAGACAAGAACAAACCACACUAGAGAGGUGGGUUGGUUUGUUAGCUCCCUGAGGGUGCGAGUUGGAGCCAUGAAAUAGACAACCCCAUUUACGGCAAGAAAAAGGCAGAAGAGGAAACGUGUACUUGGCAGGGAGUGGAAGAGGAGUAGACUCAGAAAGUGAACAAGGGUAAAGAGAAGAAGGUGACCCAUCUAACAAGAAACAAGACCGAGGAACAAAUAAAAUUGCUUUUAAACAGUCUUGACUGCACAAUGUGAGAGUCCUUGGCCCAGUCCUUGGCCAUUGAGCACUCUUCAGUAAGCAUGCCUUUCAGCUCUUCAUCUUAAUUUGGAGACUUCAUUGUCCAACAAAGAGGUCCAGAACUGCAGUGCACAGGAGUGUGUAAUCAGACCAUGGCAUCUGUUCUCCUCAGAACACUACUUUUAGUUCAACAAGCAUCAUGGACCACAUGCAGUGAGCCAGGUACUGUUAGGAGCUAAAGAUGCAAGAGGGAACAAUACAGACUUGGUGCCUGUUUUCUUGGAGGCUACACAAUCUAGCACUUUCUGAACACCUUUCCCAGUCCAUCUCCUGAAAUAACACGCCUCAUCAAAUAAUCCAUCGAUCCAUCAACCCACUCCUAGCCUACCCAAGUGUCCAUCCUUACAAUCCCUCCCUUCUGAACACCCUCGGCUCUUCAUUCUCUCCCCCUGGUACUUCCCUGCUCAAGACCCCAGACCUGGAUGAGCCCUUCCAUCUGCCUCCUGUCUGCACCUGAAGAGCUGAAUAUUCCUAGAAGAAAGUCACACAGCUCAGCUGGUUUAAUGACCGUAAACCUCAAAAAGACAGUGUUGCCAGCAACCCCCUAUAAAUUUAUUUAUUUAUUGUUGGCUGUGUUGGGUCUUCAUUGCUGCACGUGGGCUUUCUCUAGUUGCCGUGAGCGGGGUUACUCUUCAAUGCAGUGCGCGGGCUUCUCAUUGUCGUGGCUUCUCUUGUUGCGGAGCACGGGCUCCAGGUGCACAGGCUUCAGUAGUUGUGGCACGUGGGCUCAGUAGUGCCAGCAACCCUCUAAUAGGCUUGCUGUUCUUUUACCCACAUCAGCUGUGUCCUACAUUCAACCAUCCCACAACCCUCUUCUGCCCUUUUCAUGAUUCACUGAGAAAACUGAAGCCAUCCCCCAUCAAAUCCCUCUUCCCUGCACCAACCAGUCAAUCCUACCUCCAUCUAUAUUCAUCCAUCCUACUACAGGCUGAGUCCCUACACCUGAGCCCUGCAGUCUGUCCCUUCACAUUAUCUCAGAGCUUUUGGUCCUUUGCUGAUCCUUCUAAAUUGUCAGUCUCACCUAUUCUGCAUCGCUAUCACCAUACAAACAAGCCAUGGUAUUAGCUAUCUUUGAUUCUAUACAUGUAGAAUCAAUUACCACUUUCUGCUACACUCCCCCCACUGCCUCCAACUUCUAAAUGCUCAUGUUCCUCGAGACUUUUUGGGCUCUUCACGUUCUCCCGAUGCCUCGAAAUAACAUCUAUGUGCUGAUGGCUCCCAAAUGUGUAGUUAUAGGUCAGAUUCUCCCCCAAACUCCAGGCUACCUGCCAUCUCCCUUCAAACGUCUGAGCCGUUUGACCAUAAGGUUAAAAGGACUUUAGUUUUUCAGAGUAGUUUUAGGUUCACAGCAAAAUUCAGAGGAAAGUACAGAGAUUUCUGAAAUACCCACUGCUUCCCCCCCCAUAUGCAUAGCAUCCCCC